AUGAACUUCAGCAGCAAUGAGACACUGUCGUGGAAUGUUUCAGUUGCGGAGGGUGUCGGGAGCUCAGGUGUCGCUGAGUCCGUCUUUAUCCUCGUCAUCGCUCUCCUGGUCUUUCUCGGCAACCUGAUUGUCGUCGCGACGCUCUACAGGAAGCCUUACCUGCUGACCCCCAGCAACAAGUUUGUCUUCAGCCUGACGCUGUCUAACCUGCUGCUGUCGGUUCUGGUACUGCCGUUCGUGGUGGCCAGCUCACUCCGCCGUGACUGGCUGUUCGGCGUGGUGUGGUGCAACUUCACGGCCCUUUUGUAUCUUCUCAUCAGCUCCGCUAGCAUGCUAACACUGGGCGCUAUCGCUAUAGACAGGUACUACGCUGUACUAUACCCCAUGAUCUACCCCUCAAAGAUCACAGGGAACCGGGCCACCGUGGCCAUCGUCUACCUGUGGCUCCACUCCCUGCUGGGCUGCCUGCCGCCCCUCUUCGGCUGGUCCGCCUUCGAGUUCGACCAUUUCAAGCGCAUGUGCACGGCGGCGUGGCAUCGCGAGCCCGGGUACACGGCCUUCUGGGUGGUGUGGUGCAGCCUGCUGCCUCUCCUGGCCAUGCUGGUCUGCUACGGCCUCAUUUUCCGCGUGGCCCGGCACAAGGCGCGGAAGGUCCACUGCGGAACGGUGGUGGUGGCGGCGUCCCAGGAGGCCUGCUCCCCGGCCCAGCGGAACGGACGGAAGAGCUCCACCACCUCCAUCUCUUCGGUGGGCAGCCGUAAGGGGUUGGCGUAUGCCGGGAGCCAGUGCAAGGCCCUGGUCACCAUCCUGGUGGUGGUCGGAACGUUCCUGCUGACGUGGGGCCCGUACAUCGUGGUGAUAUGCACGGAGGCGGCCCGGGGGAAGGGGAGCGUGCCGCCCAGACUGGAGACGCUGGUCAGCUGGCUGUCCCUCGCCAGCGCCGUGUGCUACCCGCUCAUCUACGGGCUCUGGAACAAGACGGUGCGGAAGGAACUGCUGGGCAUGUGCUUCGGGGACCGCUACUACCGGGAGUCGUUCGUCAGCCGGCACAGGACCUCCCGCCUCUUCAGCAUCUCUAAUCGAAUCACAGACCUGGGAAUGUCUCCUCACCUGACGGCCAUGCUGGUGGGCGGGGCGCAGCUGGGAGCCGGCAGCAGUACGGGAGACACCGGCUUCAGCUUCUCCCAGGAAUCAGGUACUGAUAUCAUGUUGCUGGAUCAUUCGUCUGAGAGUUCACAUGCUUCGCAUUACGCGGCUUUAUUUAACAAACGGCGGAGUUCCGUCACCUUCGAGGAUGAACAACAGCAUGGCAAAGGCGAAAACCCGAAUCUUCCCACACUUCAAGUACAGGCGGAGAUCCAUAAGUCUCUGGACAGUUUCGCGUCUUGUUUAGCGCGAACCAUCGAGAGCGAUGUGAAACUGCAGUUGUUUGGGGGACAGUGCACCGCGCCUGUCCGCCCCGCGCAGAGGGCUCCGCGCUACACCAACGGCCAGAGAGUCCGUUUGGAGAGCAUCGACGAGGGAAUCGUCAACGAUGAGAAGGACGAGGACGAUAUUGAGGAAAUCUGCGCAUGA